AUGGAAAUUCAUGAAUUUACAUGGUUGUUCGUUAUAUGUCUAAUUGCCGCAUUCGCUGACGCUUUUGGUAUUGGUGCAAAUGACGUUGCAAAUUCGUUCGCUACGUCAGUGGGAUCCCGCUCACUCACGCUCAAACAAGCAUGCGUCAUUGCCGUGUUCACUGAGUUCCUUGGCGCGUUCCUUCUUGGAUCACACACAGCCGAGACUAUAAGAUCAAAAAUUUUGGAUGUCAAACUCUUCGCUAAGGAACCAGAGCUGAUUAUGUUGGCUAUGACAUGUGCCCUAGUAGGUUCGGCUUCAUGGGUCAUAUUUGCUUCCUCCAAAGGACUUCCUGUAUCAACUACUCAUUCUAUCGUUGGAGCCAUCAUCGGAGUAGGCAUUGCUGCAUUCGGUACAGACGCCAUUAUAUGGAAUUACAAUGGGGUAGCCAAGAUCGUCACUUCCUGGUUCAUAUCACCAGCGGCGGCCGCACUAGUCGCAUCAAUUAUAUACCUUAUAACAAAAUACGCUGUGUUGUUGAACGCCAAUUCAUUCAAGAGAGGAUUACGGACCAUUCCUUUUUACUUCUCAGUUACAAUUGCGAUUAACGUCCUCUACAUCGUCUACAAAGGCUCUCCUGCAUUAGCUUUAGAAAACAAAGGUCCAGAAUUUAUUGCACCGCUCACAGUAGGAACAGCUGUAUUUUUUGCUUUAUUCUCAUGGCUCCUUUAUUCUGUAUGGCUACAAAGAUUAAUUGAGAAUAAGGAAACUGGUCUCAGAUGGUAUCAUAUUCCCGUCAUUAGAUUUAUCGGUCCUAGGUUUGACAAAGCAGCAAUUGAGGAAGGUGGAAAUAAUGGUACUGAUUUGAAAGAUAACGUUACAAUUGAAAAUAAAGAAGAUGAAACAACUGCAGCCGAAGCUAACAGUGAAGAGGAAGGGCGGAAUUUAACAAUCGUACAGAAAAUAUGGAAAAAGUCUAUAAAAUUUGCUACGCGUGGUGUCAAUAAGUCUGUUCCUGAUUAUAAAGCGCAUGAACACGCGCAAAUGCAUGAAGAAGCUGUGAAGUAUGACGAAAACACCGAGUAUCUCUAUUCAUUCCUCCAAGUACUUACUGCCACAUUUGCCAGCUUCGCUCAUGGGUCGAAUGAUGUUGCCAAUGCGAUUGGUCCAUUAUCGGUAACUUAUGGUGUUUGGAAUAGUGCAAAAGUAGAUGUAAGUGGAAAAACACCCGUUCCAUUGUGGGUAUUAGCAUAUGGAGGCGUUGCCAUCGACCUGGGUCUAAUUCUUUAUGGAUAUCACGUGAUGAGAUCGCUUGGUAAUCGUAUAACAUAUCAUUCGCCGUCAAGAGGAUUCUCUAUGGAAUUGGGUGCCGCCCUGACAGUGGUGACAGCCAGUAAGCUCGGGCUUCCUAUCUCUACUACUCACUGCAUCACCGGGGCUACUGUUGGAGUUGGAUUAUGUAAUGGUAGCCAUAAAGCUAUAAACUGGCCUUUAGUCGCGUGGUGCGUCUUCUCUUGGAUUUUAACUCUUCCUGUGGCUGGUACUAUUGCUGGGCUUCUAUUUGCGUUUGCAGCAAAUUCACCUAAGUUGGUUUAG